GUAGCUCCGAUCUGCUUUGCAUGGUAAACUAGAUCCUCCUCUUCUGUGUUCUUCUUCUUCUUCGACCGUCAUCGAAUUUCAGCCUCUGUGCCUGAGAUUUUCGUUACAGAUCUGCUUGGUGAUACAGGAAAAAAAGUAGAGUUGAAGACAAUGUCGCCUCUUUCUUUGUUAGCCGUAUUUCCAUUUCUCUGUCUCUGUGUUAUUGCGGAGAACCCUUACAGAUACUUCACAUGGGAUGUCACGUAUGGCACCAUCUCCCCACUUGGAGUUCCUCAGCAGGGAAUCCUGAUCAACGGUCAAUUCCCCGGUCCCUGGAUCAACUCCACCACCAACGACAACAUUGUUAUUAAUGUCUUCAACCACCUUGAUGAGCCUUUCCUGUUAUCUUGGAAUGGUGUUCAACAAAGGAAGGACUCCUGGCAAGAUGGAAUGCCCGGAACAAACUGUCCCAUCCUUCCUGGGACCAACUUCACUUACCACUUCCAAGUGAAGGACCAGAUUGGCAGCUACUACUACUUCCCUUCCGUCGGCCUCCAGAAGGCAUCUGGUGCCUUCGGCGGCCUCCGCAUCAACAGCCGCAUGUACAUCCCCGUUCCUUUCGAUCCCCCCGCCGAUGACUUUACCGUCCUCGUUGGCGACUGGUACACCAAGUCCCACAAGGUCCUGAGACAGAUCCUUGAUGACGGAAAGUCCCUCGGCCGGCCUGCCGGAGUGCUGAUCAACGGCAAGACUGGUGAACAGGCAGACAAGUUCACAGUCGAGCCCGGCAAGACUUACAGGCUCCGCAUCUCGAACGUUGGAAUCAAGAACACGCUCAACUUUAGGAUCCAGGGUCACACCAUGAAGCUCGUCGAGAUCGAGGGCUCGCACACCAUGCAGAACGAGUACGACUCCAUCGACGUUCACGUCGGCCAGUCCUUCUCCGUCCUCGUCACGGCGAACCAGGCCCCAAAGGACUACUACAUCGUUGCCUCGACCAGGUUCACCCGCUACUCGCUCAACGGGACGGCCGUGCUACACUACUCCAACGGCAAGGCCGGGUUGUCUGGGCCGAUCCCUCCGGCACCCAUCGGCAUCGCCUACUCCAUGAACCAAUUCCGUUCUUUCCGCUGGAACUUGACGGCUAGUGCUGCUAGGCCGAACCCACAGGGCUCCUACCACUAUGGAAAUAUCAACAUUACUAGGACCAUCAGGCUGGCUAACACCAUGGGCUAUGUCAAUGGCAAGCUCAGGUAUGCCAUUAAUGGAGUUUCAUAUAAGCAGGCCAGGACUCCAUUGAAGCUGGCCGACUACUACGGCAUGGGCAGCAAGGUCUACAACAACCAAUCCAUCCCUGACGAACCGCCUAAGCGCAAGGCGAUCACGAUCCAGACCGCCGUCGUCGAAGGCGAAUACCGAACAUUCAUUGAGAUAGUGUUUGAGAACUUGGAAAGGAGUCUGCAGACCUAUCACCUGGAUGGAUAUUCAUUCUUUGCUGUUGGGAUUGGAGCAGGAAGAUGGAGCCCUGAGAAGCGAAAGACCUACAACCUUGUUGAUGCAGUGAGUCGCACCAACAUCCAGGUGUACCAACAUUCAUGGGCUGCCAUUCUGCUCACAAUUGACAAUGCUGGCAUGUGGAACCUGAGGUCUGAAGAGUGGGAGCGCCAAUACUUGGGCCAGCAGCUCUACAUCCGCGUGCCUUCGCCGUACAAAUCUCUCCGGGACGAGUACGACAUGCCGGCGAACGCCCUUCUCUGCGGCCUGGUCAGCAACAUGAAGAAGCCGGUCGUUGAGACUCUCAAACAAUAAAGAAGUAGCUCUUGGUCCUCGGUGUGAUGCUCAAAAUUGUGGCCAUGUGUUCCCUGACUGGUCCAGUUCAAUUUAGAGCAUCCAUGAAACGAAUACAAGUAUAUCGAGUCUGUAAUAACUAUUUGUAUGGAGUUUUUCAUUUUUUUCUAAGCAGUUUGGGGUUUUGCCUGUAUCACUGUUGUGAAAUGAAUCACACCUAGAGUUUGAUUUUCUCAUUUGUCAAUCUUCUGUUUCAAACGAUGAUUAUGAGAUGUCUCACAAUUA